AUGCAUGGGGAAGAAGCCAUCGUGUCCCUCGGCGCGGUGUGUGUGAGUCUCUACCAAUGUCCACCUCCCACACUAACAACCACCAAAGCGGGAAAUCGCAGUUGCUACGGUACAGCUGCGGAUUACAGAGGUGAUGUUAUGAUUCCAUUCUACAGGGGUAGUAUGACCUACAGAGAUUUAGCAGCAGGAUUGGAAUACCGAUUAAAUCAAUAUUUUGUUAUUCACCCAACAGAGACUGUAGAAGAAGAGUAUACGUUAAAGAGAGGAUUAGAGUCACUUAAUGCAGUCCCUAGUUCUGUGUAUGAUAAGAGGAAUAGCAAUAGUAGUAGUUGUUGUAAUAAUGAUAAUACUAAUAGAAAAUGUUGUUUCAACGGUGCUUACUAUUGCUCUCGUUGCAGUAAUGGUGAUAAUCAUGUAGAUUCAGUGAAAGUUCAAACUACUGAAACUAAAAUAAAAGAGUACCCUAAAAUUGUAGUGCGUAACUUUACACGAGAAAGGGAUCGUGAUUUUAGUGAUGAGAAUAUUAUUUACGAAACAGUUGAUGAUAAUUGGGAGGUGACAGAAAAAAAUUUAUCCUGUUUUUUUUAUAGUGUCAUGGUAAAGAGUACAGAUCAUGUAUUUCCUAUUAUUAAAAAGGAUGGUAUUAUAUCCCGUCCAUUUAUUGGUAGAGAUCAUGUAUAUGCAUAUGCCUCAGAUAAUGCCUAUGGUGAUAAUACACAAUUACAGCAACAUAUUGAGUUAAAGGUGGGGGAACGGGUACUCCGUAUAGGAACUACGGCUGAUCAACGAUUUGAAGAUAUUUUUGAACGACUGCGGCGAUAUAAUCUUCACGUUCAUCGACUCUUUGAUGGAGUAACAGGGGCAAGUAUUUUACCCUGCGAACUGGUUCGACAUCUCAGUUGGAAAAUCUCAUCCCUUUGCGCAGAUAUUGUCACCUCACCGGUGAUUGGUGCUGGUGUGAAGCGGCAACGGUACGGCAAUGAUGAGAAGGAAUAUGAAAAUGAUUAUAAUAUUGAACUUGGAACAUUAAUUAUUCUCUCAGAAGUCUCAUCUACUGUAGGAGGUGGUAGUACUGUUUGUUUAACUCGGGAUUCGGGUAAUACGGCUACUGCUAUUGCACUGGAUAACUCCGAUGAGGGUGAAGUAUACGGUACUACCUCCUGGCGGCAUAAACAGGAAAGGCAACGGCAAUUACUGAUGCGAAGGACGACAUUUGGCUUUGAUGAUGAUGAGGAGGAGGAUGAUUAUCAUGAUGAUGAUACCGUUCCCCUUGUAGAUCUUUUUUCUCCUACGCAGCAUAUAAAUUCACAUAGUACCGUGGAGUUGGGAGAAGCUAACAGUGCGCUAAAGUCGUAUUAUCUUGAUGAUGAGGAUUGCUUCAGGUCAUCUGGCUGUGUGCGAAGUAUGAAUGAAGAUGACACACUUCCAUCCACCACGCCUUUGAGAUUUAAUGAUCUCUCCAGUGUCAAGGAUAAAAGAAAUGGUGAAAAUGAAAAUGAUGAUGAUGAUGGUUUUAGUAAUAAUAAUAUUAAUAAUGAGGAUGAUGAGGAAGAAGAAGAGGAGGAAGAAGAAGAAGAAUCUGCUGUUGGUGAUGGUAUCUUUGUUGGAGAUAGUGUCAAACGUGAUAGAAGGCGUUUUACAGCAUCACUUGACGGUGUGGAUGGUUCCCCUAUUAUAAUCACACAGCAGUGUUUGCCAGAGUUUUGUCUUAACUCCUCCUCUUCAUCCUCUUACGAUGAGGAGGAUGAAGAGGAUGAUGAUGGUUAUUAUGAUUUUGAGGAUGGUGAUAAUAGUCGUUGA